AUGCAGAAAUUAGAAAUUCUCACAUGUAUCACCGAAAAUCAAUUCUGUUUCAUUUUGAAAGUUUAUCAGAAAUGGAAAAACUUUAUUGAAAACUGUUCAUCACAGCUGAAAGAUUUUCGUUUCAAAUGUGAUAUGAUAGAUGGAGAAGAUUUUCGCAUAUACAGUCAGUUUACAACCAUUGAAAUUCUUCUGACUUCAUUCGUUCGUUUCAAUUCACGAAUUAAAACAAAAGUUUUCGGACAACCACUGCGUGCUAUUCUAUCUUCCAGUGCAAUUCAAAAAAAUGAUAUCCAAGUCUUACUACAUAAUAUGGCGAUGUUUAUGAUACGUUCUUCAACGGUAAAUGGAGGAAAUAUACUGUUGAUUCUGAAGGCUUCGUACAAUGAGGAAAUCGAUUCUACUGAUAUUGAAAUAAGCUACCGUGGUUCUCAAUGCACUGCGAAAUUGUUUGAUUUAAUAAACGAAGAAUGUGAAACGUUCUUUCUUCAUCGACCAUUAUUUAGUCUUGAAUCACUUGACUUAAAUAUCCUUUACCACUCUAGAGCAAUCAUUCGUAUAAAAGGUGGAAAUGGCACAUCGGCUACUGUUGUUCUUCCAGAGUUUUCGUAG